UGAUUCUCCUUUGCCUGUUUCAUCGCGUGUCUGUUUUGUAAAGUUCCAUGAUCCUGACUCGGCAGUUGUGGCCCAGCAUCUGACAAACACUGUAUUCGUUGACAGAGCGUUGAUAGUCGUACCAUAUGCAGAAGGAGUUAUUCCUGAUGAGACUAAGGCUUUGUCUCUCUUGGCACCAGCUAAUGCUGUGGCAGGUCUGCUGCCCGGAGGUGGACUCCUGCCUACUCCCAACCCACUUUCUCAGAUUGGUGCUGUUCCUUUAGCUGCUUUAGGAGCUCCUGCUCUUGAUCCUGCCCUAGCUGCUCUUGGGCUUCCUGGAGCAAACUUAAACUCUCAGUCUCUUGCAGCAGAUCAGCUACUAAAACUUAUGAGCACAGUGGAUCCAAAGUUGAACCAUGUAGCUGCAGGUCUUGUUUCACCAAGUCUGAAAUCAGAUACCUCCAGUAAAGAAAUAGAAGAAGCUAUGAAGAGAGUACGAGAAGCACAGUCAUUAAUUUCUGCUGCUAUCGAGCCAGACAAAAAAGAUGAAAAACGAAGGCAUUCAAGGUCAAGGUCACGCUCAAGGAGGAGGAGGACACCUUCUUCAUCUAGACACAGACGGUCAAGAAGCAGAUCAAGGAGAAGGUCCCAUUCAAAAUCAAGAAGCAGGAGGCGAUCUAAAAGUCCAAGACGAAGAAGAUCUCAUUCCAGAGAGAGAAGCAGAAGGUCUAGGAGCACAUCCAAAACCAGGGAUAAAAAAAAGGAAGAGAAGGAAAAGAAACGUUCUAAAACUCCCCCCAAAAGCUACAGCACAACUAGACGAUCAAGAAGCACAAGCAG